AGUAUGGUACAUUCAUUGAUUGAAGCGUAUUCCUUACUUGACCAGAUGAAGAUAGUCAAGCCAAAAGUGGCCUCCAUGGAGGAGAUGGCGAGCUUCCACACGGAUGCCUACCUGCAGCACCUGCAGAAGGUCAGUGAGGAGGGGGAUGAUGACCAUCCGGAGUCUGUGGAGUAUGGACUGGGUUACGACUGUCCGGCUACUGAAGGGAUCUUUGAGUAUGCGGCAGCUGUGGGAGGAGCCACCAUCACCGCAGCCCAGUGCCUGCUGGACGGCAAGUGCAAGGUAGCAAUUAACUGGCCUGGAGGGUGGCAUCAUGCAAAGAAAGAUGAAGCUUCUGGCUUCUGUUACCUGAACGACGCUGUCUUGGGGAUCCUGCGGCUGCGCCAGAAAUUUGACCGUGUCCUUUAUAUUGAUUUGGAUUUGCAUCAUGGGGAUGGAGUUGAAGAUGCCUUUAGUUUCACCUCGAAAGUCAUGACUGUUUCUCUGCACAAGUUUUCUCCAGGAUUUUUCCCAGGCACCGGUGAUGUGACAGAUGUUGGCCUGGGGAAAGGUCGCUAUUACAGCGUGAAUGUACCUAUUCAAGAUGGCAUUCAGGAUGAGAAAUAUUAUCAGAUCUGUGAAACCGUGCUGAAGGAGGUGUACGCCGCGUUCAACCCAGACGCAGUUGUGCUGCAGCUGGGGGCAGACACCGUCGCCGGAGAUCCCAUGUGCUCUUUCAACAUGACGCCUGAGGGAGUGGGCAAGUGCCUGAAGUACGUCCUGCAGUGGCAGCUAGCAACUCUCAUCCUGGGAGGAGGAGGCUACAACCUUGCCAACACAGCUCGCUGCUGGACAUACUUGACUGCGGUCAUCCUUGGGAGAACUCUGUCCUCCGAGAUCCCCGAUCACGAGUUCUUCACAGAGUAUGGUCCUGAUUAUGUGCUGGAGAUCACACCGAGCUGCAGACCAGACCGCAAUGAGCCACAGAGAAUUCAAGAAAUUCUUAACUGUAUCAAAGGGAAUCUGAAGCAUGUUGUUUAG